GAAGCGUUUCCGGGGGCGGGAGGCGCAGGCUGAGGCUGUCGCGGCGGGCGACGGCUUGAAGAGGCCUGGCGCUGGCGGCUGAGAGGGUGCCUCGGGCGGGGGACGUGAGGCGUGGAGCCCGUGGCAGAAGUCGAUGUGAUUUAAUUUGAAGCAAAACCAAGAAAUGAAUGUUUCUUCCUCAUUCAUUCAUACUGUUUUUUGAUGGCCAUGGCAUAAGGAACUUUAUCCCAGGAAUACAGCUUUACUUUAGUACUAAACAAGAUUUGUGAUGAAAUGGAGCCUGGAACAAACUCUUUUCGAGUCGAGUUUCCUGAUUUUUCUAGCACCAUUCUGCAGAAACUGAACCAGCAGCGCCAGCAAGGACAAUUAUGUGACGUCUCCAUUGUUGUUCAAGGCCACAUUUUCCGGGCACACAAAGCUGUUCUUGCUGCCAGUUCACCCUACUUUUGUGACCAAGUACUUCUGAAAAACAGCAGGAGAAUUGUUUUGCCUGAUGUGAUGAACCCAAGAGUGUUUGAGAACAUUCUCCUCUCUAGUUACACAGGACGCCUAGUAAUGCCUGCUCCAGAAAUCGUUAGUUACUUAACAGCAGCCAGCUUCCUCCAGAUGUGGCAUGUGGUGGACAAAUGCACUGAGGUUUUAGAGGGAAACCCUACAGUCCUUUGUCAGAAGCUAAAUCAUGGCAGUGACCACCAGUCUCCAAGCAGCAGUAGUUACAAUGGCCUGGUAGAGAGCUUUGAGUUGGGUUCUGGGAGCCACACUGAUUUCCCCAAAGCCCAAGAACUGAGAGAUGGUGAGAAUGAAGAGGAGAGCACCAAAGAUGAGCUGUCGUCUCAGCUCACGGAGCAUGAAUACCUGCCCAGCAACUCGUCGACGGAGCAUGACCGGCUGAGUACUGAAAUGGCAAGCCAGGAUGGGGAGGAGGGAGCCAGUGACAGCGCUGAGUUCCACUACACCCGGCCCAUGUAUAGCAAGCCUAGCAUAAUGGCUCACAAACGCUGGAUCCACGUGAAACCUGAGCGCUUGGAGCAGGCUUGCGAGGGCAUGGAUGUGCAUGCAGCCUACGAUGAGCACCAGGUCACCGAGUCCAUCAACACCAUGCAGACAGAGCACUCGGUGCAGACUUCGGGAGUGGAGGAGGACUUUCCCAUUGGGGAGAAGAAGGUGGAAGCAGAGUUUGACGAACAGGCUGAUGAAAGUAACUACGAUGAGCAGGUGGAUUUCUAUGGCUCUUCCAUGGAAGAAUUUUCUGGAGAGAGGUCAGAUGGGAAUCUCAUUGGGCAUAGACAGGAGGCUGCCCUUGCAGCAGGCUAUAGUGAGAAUAUUGAAAUGGUGACAGGGAUUAAAGAAGAAGCUUCCCACUUAGGAUUUUCAGCCACUGACAAGCUGUAUCCUUGUCAGUGUGGGAAAAGUUUCACUCACAAGAGUCAGAGAGAUCGACACAUGAGCAUGCACCUCGGUCUUCGGCCUUAUGGUUGUGGUGUCUGUGGUAAGAAAUUCAAAAUGAAGCACCAUCUCGUGGGCCACAUGAAAAUUCAUACAGGCAUUAAGCCGUAUGAGUGUAAUAUCUGUGCAAAGAGAUUUAUGUGGAGGGACAGUUUCCACAGGCAUGUGACUUCUUGUACCAAGUCCUACGAAGCUGCAAAGGCUGAGCAGAAUACAACUGAGGCUAACUAAAAAUAGGAUCUGGCCCUUGAGUGGCAUGCACAAAAAUAAACUAUGGUAAUUAAUGCAAAUCUGGGCACAGAUGAUGCGUGCUACUUGCUAUUAUGAGAGAGGCUUAAAAAAAAAAAAAAGGAAGAUAUUUCUGAAAGACCAGCUCUAAGUAGGCCAAUUAAAAAAUCUAAUUCUUCAACUUUGUAUGUUUCAAUCUUGGCCUGAAAUGGGCGAUGGGGAUAAGUUAACCCACUGCCCAGCUGGCAAGGGAAACCUUCAAGCCAGUAGUGUUUGAAGCAGGUGGACUUGGUAAUAGAGACACCUGUACUUGGAACUGGACUCCAGCCUACCAGUUCCAUUGCAGUGGCAGCAGUUUUUGAUCACUCAUUAUUACAAGGUCAUGUUGAAAUUUUAUUUUGCUUUAACUAUAGAUACUUAGGAAAUGUGGGUUUGUUUUGGUAGCUGCUUCACUGAAUGAAAUGCUACUUAUGUAAAAGCUACAUAUAAUGUGAUUCCUAGUAUGAGAAACUGAUUAACAGAGCUCUCUUUGGUUUCAUUCUUUCUAAAGAGUAUUUUAACUAAAACUAUGGAGAUCCUGAGAGGGUAACACUCUAAAACAAACAUUCUGAAACAACUUAUGGUACAAGCUUCAGUUUCUGUAAGAUGCGACUGUCACAAUGUUUCAAACUCUUAAUAAGGCACAGUUUUGUAUUUUAAUACUAACUUUGAGUUUGAAUUGUAUCUAAUUGUAAUUCUUUUGGGUGCCAGAGAUAGGUGUUUCUAAUUGGUUUGCUGCCCCAAAUCCUGUUUUUUAAAUGUAGCAUCCAGGCAGUGAAAUCUACUCCGGUUAAGAGACAUCUAGCCUGUUGUGACUCUUACCUCUGUGCCAGGUAGUACCCCAGUUGUUGCUCCAUCUUAGAUUAUGGUGCUUCCCAGCAAGGGCAGCCUGUGACCAUAUGUCACAGGAAGGAGGAGCAGAAGUCUUGGCUGAGUUACCUGUGAGCUCUAGGAGUUAACAGUGCUGCAUGGCACUCCUAUUGUCAGAGCGACAGUUGAGGAGAAGCAGAAUCUUACGAAUGAAAGGUUAAACAUGAGGGAAAAACACUGCACAAGAGGAGUCUUGAAAAUACACUGGUGGAAGAGGGGGAUACUCUCUUAGAAGGAUACACAGAGCUAAUGCUGCCAGUUUCUUUUGAGUGCAGCAAUGUGUGUCAAGAGGGGGAAGGAGUCCUAAUUUUAGCCAAAUAUUCUACAGGUUCAUUCUUCCAGGUUGCAGAUGAGUGCAUAAAUUGACAAGUCCACACAGCUAUAUCCAGCAACAAACAAGCAGCUAUUCUGAGACCUUUUCUGCCAGCUGGUCAGAUGUUUUAGGAUCAAAAGAAGGUGUAUACUCAGAAUGCUCCUAAGCUGUGUAAUGUACCUGAGGUUAUUAUCAGGGUAGGACAGGGUGCUACUAUUAUGUCAUCUUUCCAUAAACUUAACUGGUCUCUUAUUUCUAAGUAGAAUUUUUUUUCUUAAAAUAAAAAUAAUUUUUCUUGGAUUUGGGUGAAUUUUGUUUAAAAAGUUUGGUUUUGAUCUAACAUGGUAGACAUCGCUGGCAAUGGCCUCUGAUCCUCAAGCUCCUAACACAAAGAUGUUUACUCGUUGAGCAUUGUCUGGAAAGGGGAAAGAAAAUGCUUAUUUACCAGUUAAUUCUUGUAAUCAAGGUUACAAAACAGGGAUCUAUUCACUAACACUGUAUCAUUCUCGAUAUAUAAAAAGCACUUUGUAUUUAAAAUUUUAUUAUAAAUAUAAAUAUAUAUUGUUUUUUAACCUAGAAACUAGAUAUUACCUCUUGGUUGUUUGCCACCUUAAUAUCAUCUUCUCUUAGUGUUGAAACUGCCAGUUAGCAGGCCUUUUUCUGUGUACUGACGGAAUUGUGCAGAUGUGACUGUACAAUCAAGCUCAGUUGCUCCUUCUCUUUUUCUCAUGUUAGAGGCCAGUGAGUUUUAUAUGAUCCUAGCCUUUAUGUGUGAGGAGAAAUUGUUUUAUUGCUCCUACUAAUAUCCAUACUGAGUCAGUGAAGCCAUUCCAUUCUGCCGAAAGCUUGAUCACCACUCCUGUGGUAUUAGCAAGACAUUUUCUCCCCUUUGAGAAAGUUUGGUGUGCAUUUCCCAUUAAACAUUAUAUUGAACUGAGUAUUAGCACAUUUGGAGAGAAGGGUCUGAGAUGUAAAACUGAAAUAUACUGGGAAAAUCAUGACCCUUCAGUUCUGCUGAAUCAGCACCCUCAUCUUGAGUUGUGACAAAGAGCUUUUGUUCAGCCAGGAGUAUGGCCAGUCCCUGGGUGGCAGUUUGGAAGCAGACAGUUGUGCUAUGACUUAAUGUGUUUGAAGAGAGGAGUAUCUUAUUGAAAUCCUUAUAUGUACAUCAGCUGCUAAAUGUAGAACUUAAGGGGCUGGGGCUAUAGCUCAGUUGGUAGAGUACUUGCUUCACAUGCAUGAGGCCCUGGGUUCAAUCCCCAGUACCAAAAAAAAAAAAAAAUGUAGAACUUAAAUAAGGUCUUCACAUCUGCUAUUUGAAGUUUUUUGUGGUAGUUCAGGUUUUGGUAAAAAUGGGGGUUGCUUAUGGGUCAGCCAGGCCCUGUGAGUUGCUGGGUGUCAGUCUGGAUAUGGAACUGCAGUAUUGGUGGACUCUGCUUUGCAGGAUUAGGAGGUCAUGCUGCACUCCUGCCUCCCCGCCCUCAGUUUCUCCUUCAGCCCAGACACAGCUUUAGGAAAUCCUUAUCCUUCCAAAUGUGUUUGGAUAGUAACAUUUUCCAAACAGUCUUUCAGGGAUCAUUUGAUGGCCUAUAACCAAGGUAUUUGUCCCCUACUUUGAGUCUUAACUGUGGUUUUUCUCUCAUCCCAGUGGGAAAGGGCUUCAAGGCACCACCAGUGGCAUUUGAUAUUCUGCAAAGACUAGGCCUUUCACUCUAGACAAGACACAUUAUAGUAAUCUACUUGGUAAAGCAGAUAUCUAGCUAUGGAAGGACUGCAGUGACUCAGAUGCCAGGGCUUGCCCCCAGCCUCUCCUGAGCCUCAUACCAUUGAGUCCCAUUUCUAGAUCUUGCCUUCCCCAGUCUCUUUCGGCCCUUGUUUUAAAAGUCUACCCCAAAGGGUCCCCUUUAUUCUACUGGGCAUUUGUUGAACUACACUGACCUGGGCAGGCUGCUAACUAUUGGGAAAGCCUUGUGGCUCCUUCCCACAGAGACUGGCACACCCUGAGCUGCUGCAGAAGGGAAGUUAGGGGCAAGGUUGUGCUUUCCUUGAGAAGGGUGUGCUGCAGCCUCAGGUAGGGGUGGGGAAGGCAACUUCAGUAAAUCCACUCAUUUUUGUUCCUGUAAACUCUCUGAUACUUUAGGAAUGCCAGAAACCAAGGGAUGUGUUACGCUAGCCCCCUUCUGUGCCACUGACUUUUGUGAUUUAGGUUGCUUUCAUGAGUAACUAACUUUGUUCAGUGAAACCAGGGUUUGUUUGUUUGUGUUUUUUUCUUUUGCUACUCACAUAUUUAAAGGUACAAGUUUCUUAUUUCAGAUCUCUACUGAUUGUGCCCUAUGGGAAGAUGCUGGAACACAUUUUGGAAAUGUGACUUUUUUUUUUUUUUUUUUUUUAAUUUGCUUGAAGCCUGUGUCAUGUCAGUUGCUGCUGCCUUCUUUCCUUUUAUGGAGGUUCCCAAUGUUUCUUCCAGAAAAUUUAUUUAUGCAAGUCAGGUGACUCGUAGGCCACAAAACCAUUUAAUGAUAAGCAGAUUAUCAUUAGGUGCAUAUCUUAUUGGUAUUUGUGAAAUGUUAUGCCUGUGUUGCAAAAGUUGAAUAGUUUUGUCUUUAUAUAAUUGCUGUCUUUGGUGCACAGCAUGGUUUUUCUUAAUUGAAUGUUACUGUUUAAUAUUUCUUCUUAUAGAAGAGACCAUGCCCUUUUGUAUGACAUGUUUUAAUAAAUGUUAUCUGUCAAUUUUGUAAAA